AUGUCAGAUAAUGUUGAGAAUAAUAAUUCAAUGAUUUCGGCGUAUACAAGAAUUUCUCCUGAUUCAAACGAUCUGCAUUUUAUCAAAAUCGUCAAAUUUCAACGACAAGCAGAUAAGACACCAACAUCAAUUCCAUUCCCUACAACAUUACCAAAUAACACAUCUACUAGCAACAACAACAACAACACCAUUCAAGACUUAUCUGAUGGUAAAAGAGUUCAAUUGGGAAAGAAAAUUAUGGAACGGUUGUACACUGUGGGGAUUUUAUCUCGAAAUGUGAUUCAAAAAUGUCGAAAGAAUUCAUCUACAAUAUCCUCACCGGAAUCAUCAGUGAUAGAAUCGUCAUCAUCAUCAUCAACUCAGGACAGUAUAAACCAUUCAGUACUACCAGUUUCAAAUAAUGGAUCUGAAAAUGGAGAAAAUGGCCAUAUUCUUCCAUCAUCACCAACAUCGACAUCAAGUGCUAUGUCCACGUCAAAUUCAACAUUAUCAAAAACAAGUGAUACUUCAAGUCCACCUUCUGCAAAUGGCAAAAAGAAAAGAGGAAGGAAACGUAAAUUAUCACUGGAUGAUAAACAAACGGAAAUCGACAAUUGUAAGAUCUACAAUUGUAAAAUUAAAUUGAAUAUGUCUCACGGUGAUGAAAAGUUUCAUGUUCGUUUGCAGUUUGUAUAUAAAACAAAACCAAAAGUAUUCACCUCCCACAACAACAACAACAGGAAAAACAAUAAUUAUAUUAGUAGUGGUAAUCAUUCCAGAAAUGGAUCCUAUAACUACAAUGGAAACGGUGUUAAUUCCAAAGAAACCAACUCCAGUUUUAGUCGCAACAAUAAUGCAUCUCCCAAUGGACUCAAUAGAUUACUCAACCCAUCUACAACAGAGACUCCAAACCUUAGCAAUGGACACACAAAUCACAGUUUGAGUACAAAUGGAUCAAUAAUACCACUUGAAGAAGAGAAAGUACCAAACAUGUAUAUUACAUUUGACGAAUUGAUCAAUUAUUUACGAGAUAAGAUAUUUUUCCCAGAAAACAAGAAAAACCUUCGUGGAAUUGAGGUUAAAAUAAACUAUUUAUUACAAUUGUGUUCAUUUAAAUGUCUGAUCAAUGGAACUGAGAUUGAUAUUUAG